UACAUCGUUUCACUCUUGGGGUUAUUUUACAGACAGCUCGUUUUCAGCCUUAUAAAAAAACUCUUGAGAUUUGGCAAUGGGACGCAAAGUGACUCUCGCAGCUUGUAGCCUAAAUCAGUGGGCCUUAGAUUUCGAGGGAAACUUGAAAAGAAUUCUUCAGAGUAUCAACAUUGCGCGUGCACAUGGAGCGACCUACAGACUAGGUCCUGAGUUGGAAAUCCCCGGCUAUGGCUGCAACGAUCAUUUCCUAGAAAGCGACACCUUACUGCAUUCUUUUCAAGUGUUGGCUUUGUUGUUGAAAUCGCCUGUAACGAAGGACAUUAUAUGUGACGUCGGAAUGCCCGUUAUGCACCGGAAUGUACGGUAUAAUUGUAGAAUCAUCUUCCUCAAUGGAAAGAUCCUGUUGAUCCGACCGAAGAUGACUUUGGCUUGUGACGCGAAUUACAGAGAAGGAAGAUGGUUUACAAGAUGGGCGAAGGGUGGAGGUAUUUAUGUCUAUGCCAAUAUGCGAGGCUGUGAUGGAGAAAGAGUCUACUAUGACGGUUGCUCCAUGAUUGCAGUUAAUGGCAAAAUAGUUGCACAAGGUUCACAAUUUUCCAUGCAAGAAGUUGAAGUUGUAACCUCCACUGUUGAUCUGGAAGAAGUGCGUUCCCAUCGUGGUGCAAAGCCAACAUUUGGUUCAAAUGCGAUGGCUCUCACGGAGAGCUAUCCACGUAUCAAAGUUGACUUUGCAUUGAGCCGUGAAGACGAUAUUUCAGUUCCUCCUGCUGAGCCCAUAGAUGUCCGUUAUCACACCCCAGAGGAGGAGAUAAGCCUUGGGCCGGCAUGCUGGCUUUGGGACUACCUCAGGAGAAGUGGCCAAGCUGGGUUUUUUCUGCCAUUGAGUGGAGGCAUUGACAGUUCAUCGACAGCCUGCAUUGUAAGCUCCAUGUGUCACCAGGUGUGUCAAGCAGUCAAAAAUGGAGAUCAACAAGUGUUGGAAGAUGCUCGUAGGAUUGUCAAUGACAACAAUUACAUUCCUACUGACCCCAAGGAGUUUGCAGGGCGUAUCUUUGUUACGUGCUACAUGGGAACUGAAAAUUCUUCCGAAGAAACGAGGAAAAGAGCCAGUAAUCUGGCGGAGGAGAUAGGCAGUCACCACAUGGGGAUCACAAUCGAUGCCGCUGUGAGUGCUGUUCUCGGAAUUUUUACUGCAGUCUCGGGUAAAAUCCCGAAGUUCAAAUUAUACGGCGGGACUCACCGCGAGAAUCUGGCUUUACAGAACGUACAGGCACGUUUGCGCAUGGUCUUAGCGUACUUAUUCGCGCAGCUGAUCAUGUGGGCGCGCGGGCUUCCAGGUGGACUGCUUGUCUUGGGAUCAGCAAACGUUGAUGAAAGGAUGACAUGGGUAUGACUUACGACGAACUCUCAAUGUUCGGCUGCUUAAGGAAGGUAUCUCGUUGCGGACCAUACAGUAUGUUCUGCAAACUAAUCCACACUUGGCGAAGCACUUACACCCCCGCCAAGGUGGCUGAGAAGAUUAAACGCUUCUUCCGCGCGUAUUCGAUCAACCGGCAUAAAAUGACAACCUUGACACCAGCUUACCACGCAGAAAACUACUCUCCGGACGACAAUCGAUUUGAUCUUCGACCGUUCUUGUACAAUACUCAUUGGUCGUGGCAAAUGCGAUUGAUUGACGAGGAAGUCCGACGUCUCCAAGUGGCUGAGGCGUCGAUGUUACGUCACCAGGAGCCUCACCUUCACGUUAACAGUGACAGUUUAUACGUAGGCGCUCAUGAUCCGUACGUGGGCAGCAAUGAAGGUAUGACGUCAUCACCGGUGAAGAGUGAGAGGAUUGGAAACCAAUUUGGCACCGAGGAGCAUCAAACGAGACGCGAGAGACUGGAGCGCACUUUGGAAACGUUGGCAAGUUUUAAUCGAGGGACUUCUAGGACACAGAACAGAGGAACUCCACCCUGCCCGGCGCUGAUCCGCAUUAAGUCCGAGCCUGUGGAUCACGAGGAAGGUUGUGCGUCCCACGGUACUGGGGACGAGCCAGGCAUCAGGCCGCAAAAGAGAAGCGAAGCCAACAUGGCGGGAAGCUCUGAUGGGGAGUUUGGCAGCGGAGAGAAGUACAUGCGGAUAACGUCACGCUAGCUGUCGAUUCGGUGAUUUCUCUUUUACCACUGAAGGAUGAAGUACUUUCGACUGGAGUUGGCGUCCUGCUGGUGCUCCUCACUAGAUGGACAUUGAGGUGUGUUAGAGCUUAGCUCUUGUCCGAGUGAUCUCGAGUGCGUACAAUGUAUUUUGAUGGAGUGAUGCUAGUCGGAACUUUGUACGAGUUCGUCAACGAUGACCUGCCAAUGUGGCGAUAAGUCCUCUGGAAGUACUGACAGUUGUACAAUCACGUGUUUGAAUUGGAUUCAUGGUGUUAAAGCAAUUGAUUUUUGACGUCAUCCAAUACUUUUCCAACCUCUUUUUCAGUAUUAACCUUGAAGACGAGGCCAAGCAAGCGCUAAGGGAGACCCUUGAAUUCCCGAAAUGUGAAUCUUAAUUCUCCUUUCUGGUCGCUUUUUAGAUGCCUGCAAAUUACUCAAAAAAAUUUGGUGUUAUAUCAACCCAACAUUCUCUCUCUUUUAAGUGUUUUUUUUAUUUCUUUUUUGUUUAUUUAUUUAUUUAUUUUUGCCAUAUCCACCCUAAGAAUGGUAUGCUUAUUGUCCAUACUGGUUUUAUUCACCACUUUCCAUUGUACGGAGAGAGAGAAGUUGUUUAAUAAUCCAGAGCUGCGUGAGUUUAAGUCGACACUAAAAGUAGUUUUAUGGCACUACUACAAACUUAAACUUAAGCCCCCCCCGCCCUCCC